AACCACUUUGAUUACUCACACGGACUCUCUCUCUCUUUUCGCAAAACAGUUGUACUAUGUCCUUGAAGCUCACUCGAGAAUUUCAAGAUACCAUGUGAAGCACUAUCCAGUUAUCAGCAGUUUUUCUGUGGUGGUACAUAUUGGCCCAAGUACUUCACUAUAUCACCCAGUCAUGAUACCUGCAAAAUCCAAAUUGGAUUUCGAAAAUGAUUCAGAAGUUAGUAGCCAAGUAGCAUCCAACUUAUCUAUGCAUGCGCCGUCCCCCGAUCCAUCAAAGGAAAGCACCACCCCUUCUUCCUCUCUCACAGAUCUCAUUAAGCUUCAAGAGAAUCCAGUGCCUGUUUCCCUUGAUUUAUCACUCCAUUUCAACUCCAGUGAAAUUGAGUUGAAGGGAACAGGUGAGACUAGCAGUGAAGUAGCUACCCAUGCUCCAAACACAACUAUCCCAAGAGUUUUCUCUUGCAAUUACUGCCGCAGAAAGUUCUACAGCUCACAGGCACUUGGUGGUCACCAAAAUGCACAUAAGAGAGAGCGAACAAUGGCAAAGCGAGCAAUGCGUAUGGGAAUACUUUCAGAUAGAUAUACUAGCCUGGCUUCUCUUCCACUUCAUGGUUCUGCAUUUCGGUCUCUUGGGAUCAAAGCCCAUGCUGCGAUGCACCAAAAUCUCAUACAAUCUCAAACGCCUGCUAAUACAAGAGGUGGAGCUAGGUUUGGGCAAGGCUAUUAUGGAAUGGCGAUGUUCAUGGAAGAAGAUGAUGUGGGUUCAUAUUGGCCUGGGAGUUUUAGGCAGGUUGGUGAGGAUGUUGGUGGCAACUCGGGAUUAGAGCUUGCUCAAUGUCCAAAUAUGAAUUUUGAAGCAAGGGCACCACCAUCAAGGACAGAUUCAUCAGCACCUGAUCUUACUUUGAAGCUCUGAAUUCCAUUUACUUGUUUGAAUCUUAUUUUUCUAUUAGACAUGCUACUCAUAACAGUCUUCACUUUGUACAGUAAGAUAUGCAUCAGCAACGCCUAUGAGCUUUCUAAUUUUCAUUUAAACUUUGCUCUCUAUCUCUUUAUUGUUGUCAAUUUUUUCUUAUUGUUGUGUCGUAUUUUUCUUUCAGGCAUGCUACUUAUAUCAGUCUUCACUUUGUACAGUGAGAUAUGCAUUGGAAAUGGCUAUGAGCUUUCUAAUUUUCACUAGAACUGGGCUCUCCAUCUCUUUCUUCUUGUCAAUUUUUUCUCCUCCUUGUAAUUUUACAGCACUAACUAUGUUGUUGGACUCCUUAUACACGUGAAAUUUGGACGUUCAAAUUAAUGGAAAGUUCUUGCAAUAUAUUUAGAUCA